AUGUCCACCAACCACUUAUCGGCAAUCCUAGACCAGGAGAACAACUUUAAGAAUAUUAAAAGCAAGCAGAGGCCAAACGAUGAAAAUGUCCGAACAAACUCCAAAAGACAGGCGGCCCCAAUCUCUACUCAGGCAGACAAGAGAACAAGAAUUCCUUUGGGCGGUAAAGAUCUGAACACCGUGAUCCCUACUUUACAGAGAUCCAAAUCCUCUCUUCAAUCGGGCCAGCAGCCUUUGCAAGCGACCAGACUAAGGCAACAGGGUCCUUCCUUGCCCAGACAGCCCCUUUUGCAGAAAUCCAACUCUUCUUUGGGCUUCACCCCUCGAAGCAGCAUAGCAAACACCAAGAGUGAGAGAAGCAGAGGUAGCAAGCUUCCCCCAGACGAGGCAUCCAGAGAAAAGGAGCUUGUUCCUCGUUUCGCAACCGAUGACCUCAAAAAAUCCACUUAUACCCCAUUACCUCCACUUGGAACGUCUCUCCGCGAGACGCUUUCGGAGAAUACUGCGCAAUUGCAUGCUAAACAUGUGCCAAUGGCUGGCCGUAGCGGAGAUCCUAAAAAGAGAAACAAGGGCCAGCUGGCGCACGAAGCAGAACACGAGCAGCUUUUAGACCAGCUCGCUGAAGAAGGCAUUGACACGGUUUCUCAACAAGAUGUGCCUGUUCCCGAGUACGUGCCUUUCGAUGUCCCCAAGUUGAGAGAAGAAGAUCUUGAGUUUCUCCGCACAGGUGCCAGACCUGUGACGGCGUUCAAGGAAUGGUCCGAUUCGGAAAACGAAAGCGACGACGAUGACAUGGAUAACCUUGCACUCCAGAAAGAUCUCGAGGCACAGGGCCCUGUGGGCUUGAGCACCGAAGAGUUGAACGAUAUGCUCGACUUUUAG